UCAGCCGCCUUCAGCAGCCAUAUCAGUCCCAAUUGAGCUCUCGCAAAGUCCACAAGACUGCGAUCGCCCGACGAGACGUGAUGUCAUCGUCACCGUUAUCGCGAUUCGCGGUUCUUCUAUUGACUCUUGUCGUCACAGUCUGUCCGCAAGUUCAUGCAUUUGGCAAGCGCAUCUCACAAAUCAAGUGUGAUGCGUUCCAGAGGGAAACCAAACUGAUCCGGGAGGCCAUCCCGUUGACGUUUGACGCGGAUCCGCUGAUUUUUGAGUCGUUCAACUGCUCCAAAACGGUAGAUCUGAUCGUGGGCGGUGAGGAUGUCAAGGUCGGUGAGUUCCCCCAUCAGGCCCUGCUCGGUUGGAAGAUGAAAGGUGCCAGCGGGUACAACUUUCCCUGCGGAGGAUCGCUGAUCAGCGAGCGAUUCGUCCUUACGGCGGCACACUGCAUGUCGAAAGGACCUCCAGACCUCGUACGACUUGGUGAGACGGAUCUUACGGCUGACUCCGGGGACGAGUGGGAUGCGGGAGUCAAGUUUGUCAAACGACACCCGCUACACCGGUUCAACUCAUCGUACCACGACAUUGCGCUGAUCAUGCUGAACGAGACGAUACUCUUUUCGGCGAUCAUCAGACCCGCCUGUCUGUGGCAAACGUUGAACGAGACGAGCUCACCGGUGAUCGCCACCGGUUUUGGAAACACGGAACAUGCAGCUGCCAGCAUGUCCAACACGUUGCGCAAGGUUCAGCUGAACUUUUUGGACCGCGGCGAGUGCGAGCAGCAGUACCGUGGCAAUCGCAAGUUCCGUCAGGGCAUCUGGGACAGCCAGCUGUGCAUCGGUAACGUUCGCGAGCAGGAAAGUCGCGACGCCUGCCAGGGUGACUCCGGUGGACCGGUGCAGAUCAUUACCGAACCCAAGGGCUGUACGUACCACGUGCUGGGAGUCACUUCGCACGGAGCGAUAUGCGGAUCUGGACGGUCCCCGUCGAUCUACACCCGGGUUGCGAGCUAUAUCGAAUGGAUCGAGGAGGUCGUGUGGGGAGAGGGGUAGAACUCCAGCUUCUGAAGCUCUAGCGACACUGACUCCGACUCCAACCCGGAUUUCUUUCUACACAAACAGCUACACUUAGCGUCUAAGCUUUUUUAUUGGAAUGAAACAAUACACACAACACUUUUCAACCGGCCUUCAUACUUCACUUUCAGCACACACACACACACACACAGUGUUUCUCGCCGAUUUCGCGCUUCAAUCCUGUAAAGUGUUUUUGGCUCGCCGGGCUAGUGCCACCAGUUUGUUGCAUUCCAUUAUGCAACUGACGUGCCGCGAAGGGAUUCGACCGAAUGUGCUCGAGAAUGUUCACGAGCGUUGGUGCGAAGAGCUGGUGAGGGUAGGGUGACCUAGAAUGUCAAAUACUCUGUUUUAA